AUGGAUCGAAGCUGGAUACAAGGAACUCGUUUCACAACAGAGUACUUGAAAGGUGUUGAGGAUUUUAUGGCUGUUGUUCGUGAAAAUUUCAGAGAAAAUCAAGACAUACUAUGCCCAUGUCGGGACUGCAAGAAUCUGCAUCACCAGAGCCAGUCACUUGUUGAGGAGCACAUACAGUGCGCUGGUAUGUCCAACACAUAUACAAGAUGGAUCUUUCAUGGUGAAUCAUUGAGUGAUGAUGAAGGGGAUAAGAUGGAGGACGUUGCAUACACAUCUGAUGACGAGGGAGAUGACUUUGAUGAAGACAAUCGAGGUGAUGUUUCGUAUAUGGUAGAUGAUCUGGCUAGGUCUGGAAGGCAAGGUGAGGGUCAGCCAAACCUCUAUUCCAAGCUAAUUGAGGAAGCCAAGAAAGAACUUUACGAAGGAUGCAGCAAUUUCACACGACUAUCAUUCAUUAUUAAGCUUCUCCAUGUCAAGUCAUACGGCCGGAUUACAAACAGAGCAUUCAAUCUAAUGCUUGAGGUGAUCAGCGCGGCGUUUCAACAUGCCGAUAUACCGAAGUCAUAUGCAGCAGCUAAGAGUGUUCUCCAUGAAGUUGGGCUUGGUUAUGAGACUAUUCAUGUAUGCAGGUUUGAUUGUGCAUUGUUUUGGGGAAACUAUGCCAACAUGACCCAUUGUCCUGAGUGCGGGACAUCAAGAUGGAGAGACACAGAGGGAAGGAAAAAGGUACCCCACAAGGUUCUUAGGUACUUUCCUAUAAUCCCUAGGCUUCAAAGAUUUUUCGCGUCAAAAGAACUCUCGGCAGAUGCUAGGUGGCACAAGGAGAAGAGGGUUGUCGAACAAGGUGUUAUGAGACACCCGGCUGAUGGUGAAGCAUGGAAGCACUUUGACAGUGAGUAUGGUCGGUUUGCUAAAGAUGCUCGUAACAUUAGGCUUGGUAUUGCCACCGAUGGAUUCAACCCCUUUGGAAACAUGAGUAGUUCAUAUAGCAUGUGGCCAGUUUUUGUCAUCCCGUACAACUUCCCGCCGUGGAUGUGCAUGGACCAAUCCAAUUUCAUGAUGUAUUUGCUUAUUCCCGGGAAAAAAGCACCUGGAAAGGAGUUCCAUGUGUUUAUGCAGCCGCUGAUUGCAGAUAUGAUGAAGCUUUGGGGAAACGGUGUGGAGACGUACGAUGCAAUGACCAAUGAUUCAUUUACUUUGCGUGCUGCAUUCUUGUGGUCGAUUCAUGAUUACCCUGGACUGGCCACUCUAUCAGGGCGUAGCACACGUGGUUAUUAUGCAUGUGUGCAUUGUGAUGAGAACCCUUGCUACGAGCCUCUGAAAAACAAGAUUGGUUAUGUCGGGCAUCGCAGAUUUCUGCCUACUAAUCACCGUUUCAGGAGAAGCAAGGAUUUCAAUGGGCAAGUUGAGAAAAGGGAGAAACCUCGGAAGUUCACGAAAGCCGAAGUGUUGGAGAAGUUAGAGAAAGUUAAGGAUUUCAAACCAGGUAAGUAUUCAGGAAAUAAGAAGAGAAAGCGCACUGAGAAAGAUCAACCAAACUGGAGUCAGAAGGUGAGCCUAUAUGAUCUUCCAUACUGGUCAAACCUGAAAUUAGCAUACAACAUUGAUGUAAUGCAUGUUGAGAAGAACAUCUGUGACAAUAUACUUGGGACUCUGCUGGAGAUUGAGGGAAAGAAUAAGGAUACCGUAAAUGCAAGGAUAGAUUUGGAGAAUAUAGGAAUCAGGAAAGACCUUCACCUAAAACCUGAUGGAAAGGGUGGAAAGGUGAAGAAAAAAGCAGAGUAUAAUCUUACCAAAGAAAACAAGAAAAGAUUUUGCGAGUUUUUAGCGAAUUUGAAAUUCCCAGAUGGGUAUGCUGCUAAUCUAGCAAGAUGUGUGGAUCUUGAAGCAUGCUUGCAGCAAGUCAUGCCGGUUGCACUAAGAGGGCUUGUGAGAGAGGACAUAUAUGAGGCCAUUGCAGAACUAGGUAAUUUUUUCAGGCAGUUGUGCUCAAAAACUCUUAGAGUUGAUGUGCUUCACCGGAUGAAGGAGGAUAUUCCUGUAAUUCUUUGCAAGCUCGAGAGGAUUUUUCCACCCGCCUUCUUUGAUGUCAUGGUUCAUUUAGCUGUUCACCUACCCGAAGAGGCAAUUUUAAGGGGACCAGUGCAUUAUGGGUGGAUGUAUCCAAUAGAAAGAAGGCUUGGGUACCUAAAGGGAACUGUUCGUAACAGAGCAAAGCCAGAAGGGUCAAUUGCAGAGGCAUAUGUCGUGGAUGAGUGCUUGUCCUACUGCUCUAGAUAUCUGAUAAAUAUUGAGACAAGAUUUAACAAAGAAGAUAGGAACAAGGAUGGGAAGAGGGUUGCUUCUUCCGAUGAAUUGACGAGUUUGUGUCUUCGCUGCAAAAGAGUUUACCGAGAAGAAUUACAAAUUAAAGGUGUGACUAACAUUGAACAGACAGUAAAGAAGGAAUUCCCUGCAUGGUUUGUGAAACAUAUUCAUAAUAUAGGAGAGCAAAACGUUUCAGAGGAUUUGUACUCACUAUCGUGUGGCCCAGACAAUCGUUUUCGAGUGUACUCUGCCUGCAACGUGAAUGGUGUUCGGUAUCACACUUUGGAACGUGAGAAGCAUAGAAGAACUCAAAAUUCAGGCAUCAUGGUAAAGGCAGAUGAUAAUGGUACAGAGAUUGUGUACUAUGGUGUUCUUAAGGAAAUUAUUGAGUUGAUGUACCCGAAAAACAAGCAUGGAGAUAGGUCAGUCAUUUUGUUUCGUUGUGAUUGGUAUGAUAUUACAAACAGCAAGAUGACCGGGUUGAGGGAUGAUGGGUACUUCAAAAGUCUGAAUCAUAAGGCUCUUCGGUACAAGAAUGAUCCCUUCAUAUUGGCUCGUCAAGCGGACCAAGUGUUUUACAUGGAGGACACAGCUCUUGGAAAAGACUGGAAGGUGGUGCAGACUUUCAGUCAUAGACACUUGUAUGAUGUUCCUGAAUCAGAGACAGGUGAUCUCAAUGCUGUAGAUGCAUACCAAGAAGAUAUGGCAGCGGCCGGUUUUACUAUGAACAAUGUUGAUCCGCUGUUUCAAACUUUUAGCCGUGAUGAUGAAGAAGGCACGCCUGUAGAUCCUAAAAUUGUUGCUGAGAUGGAGAAGAAUGCCGAGAACAAUGAUGAAGAUAGUUCCACUGACGAGGAUGAACAGGAUGAUGACAGUGAGAACGCAAGUGAGCAUUCAAGUGAUGAUGAAGAUUAG